AUGUCGGGCCCUCAUGGUGUUAUCACCUUGCACAACGAUAUGAAACAAGUCUUCACCUACGAAGCCGAGAGCUGGAUGAUCGAAGGUGUCUCUGCAAUGUUUGUUAGUCUUUUGGCAUUCACCAUUGAUAUGGAGUUCGACAUGGCAAUGGACAUGAGCCAGGAACAGCUCAUGCACAUCAUCUCGCAGCUAGACCGUGCGCUCGCCGCCAGCUCGCCUUCUCCAUCCACGUCGCCGUCUGCGUCGCCGCCGCAUCAGCCGUCGUCGUCGGCGGCGGCUCCGGUUCUGCCACCUGCAGGUCUACCGUGCGCUACGAUGGCACCGGCGCUACUGCAUCCGGCCGCCGCCACGGCGCCGGUGCAGAUGCCGGCCGGCAUGCUGUACACGACGACGACGACGUCGAUGAUGCGUCAGGCAGCUGCUGCGGCUGUCUGUAUCGACGUCGUCGACGCGGCGGCGGAGGAGGCGGCGCCCAGGCCCCGGAGGCGCAACGCUCGCGUGUCGAGCGAGCCGCAGAGCGUGGCGGCGAGGCUGCGGCGGGAGCGCGUGAGCCAGCGGAUGCGCGCGCUGCAGCGGCUCGUCCCCGGCGGCGCGAGGCUGGACACGGCGUCCAUGCUGGAGGAGGCCAUCCGCUACGUCAAGUUCCUCAAGGGUCACGUCCAGUCGCUGGAGCGGGCCGCCGCCGCGCUGCACAUGCACGGCCGCCGCGACGUCCACCCCACCGCCGGCGGCUUCGCCGGCGCCGGAGACGCCAUCUACUCGUCAUAUUACGCUUAGAUUCCACUCAUUACAUGCAUGCAUGCAGAUGCUACAAACGACGCUGUAAAUUAACUAAAGUCUCCAUAUUAAUUAGUGAUAUUACACAAUUGUGACUGCACAAUAAUUAGGAACCAGAGGGGGUAGUUUAUGUGUUAGGGAAUUUAUAGUGCAAUG